AUGCCCCAGCCCUACCAAGAUCCCCGGGACCCGCAUCCCCGCCGGGCCCCCCGGGCGUUCCGGGCCCCCAGCCGUGCGGUGCCCCGGCGCGGCGGGCCCUGCAAUGCCGGCGGUGUCCAGGGUGGGAGCUGGUGCUCCGGGCCGGGCCACGCCUGCCCGCUGCGAGCUGGGACCGGCCCGGGACCCGCACCGGGACCCGCACCCGCCAACGGGCCAGGUAACGGGGCCGCACCGGGACCGGCCCCGCGGGAGCCGCGACCCCGCGGAAGCGCCCCCGAAAGCGCCGUGGGAAGGCGGGGGGGCACCGGAACGGGAAGGGGGCGGCGGGAGGACCCCCCUUUGCAGCCCCCCGGUCGGAGCGGGGAGUCCUGCCCGGACCCCCAGCCCCACCGGAGCCCCAACCCCACCGGAGCCCUCGGAACCCCCAGCCCUGCCGGGACGCCCAACUCCCAACUCUAUGGGGACCCCCCGCCCUACCGGGACCCCCAGUUCUACUGGGACCCCCAAUUCUACCGGGACCCCCCAGCCCCACCAGGACUUCCCAGCCUUACCAGAACCCCCGAGAUCCUCAGCCUUACUGGGUCCCCCCCGCCCUGCAGGGACCCCCCAGCCUCAGAGUGA